UCGGCGUUGCGGCCUCCCGGGCUCCAGGCAGGAAGUUCCAUCGCAGGCGUCCCGGUGCUGGCCAGGGAACCCCUCCGCGGACCCCAGGCACGUCCUCGGCCCGAGCCUCAGGGGCCAUCGCGGCCCUGCGAAGUGCUCCGCGGAGAUUUGAGGAGCGCAGAGACCGAGGGUCUGGCGGCCGCAGGGACCACCCUACGACGGGGCUCCGGCCCGGGAGCCUCGGGAACAUGCCCCCAGAGCUUCAGUUGCUGGACUAUGUUUACACUUCUGAUUCUGCUCAGCCAGCUGCCCAUAGCUACCAUCGCGUUUCCUCUUUGUACAAGAAGUCCAGAGGCGUCAGGGCAUGCGGGGGAAGAAGUCUUUACAUCAAAAGAAGCAGCAAAUUCUUUCAUACAUAGACACCUGCUAUACAAUAGAUUUGAUUUGGAGCUCUUCACUCCCGGUGACCUAGAAAGAGAGUGCAACGAAGAACUCUGUAAUUAUGAGGAAGCCAGAGAGAUUUUUGAGGAUGAAGAUAAAACGAUGAAAUUUUGGCGGGAAUAUUCAAUGAAAGGACUAAUCACAAAAUCAGGUGAUAACAGAGAGAAAAUUGAUGGUAUGGGCCUUCUGACUGGACUAAUUGCUGCUGGAGUAUUUUUGGUUAUUUUUGGAUUACUUGGUUACUAUCUUUGUAUCACUAAGUGUGACGGACAACAGCACCCAGGUUCUUCAGCCACCUACGUAAGAGGGGACAGGCAGACUCCCUCCAUCAUUUUCAGAAGACCUGAAGAGGCAGUCUUGUCUCCAUUAUCACCUUCAGUGGAGGACACAGGAUUACCUUCUUAUGAACAGGCAGUGGCACUGACCAGAAAGCACAGUAUUUCACCGCCACCGCCAUAUCCUGGGCCAACAAAAGGGUUUAGGGUAUUUAAAAAGUCUUUGUCACUCCCAUCUCACUAAGCCCACCUUCCCAUCUUGGUGUAAGAGGUUUAUUUUAUUUGAAUGGUUCAUUUUUCCCGAACCAUAAAGAAACGUCAGUUCAGCCCUUUCUGACAAACUGCAAGGAAUAAAGGAGGAAUAAGGAUGAGUAAUACACCACAGAAGUUUUGUUGGCAGCUUGAACCUGAACCUGAUCAUUAUCAGCUUGAUAAGAAGCUUGGACUCCAUAUCCUUGCAGUUAAGAAGAGAGCACUUUUUUUGUUUGUUUUAAUAGUUCCAAAAAAAUCUGUAGUAUGGAUGUCAUAGCUAGAACUGAUGAAGUAUCUAUAUCCUUUGUGCAGAUAAAGGUUGUAGUUUUUUGGGGUUUUUUUGGUAUGUGUCCCUAGUGGGAACCGAA